GCGUCACAUUAAAUGAUUUUCUGAGGCUGCAUUACUAGUCCACUGCUGUAUGCGGCAUACGGUCCGUGAGGUGGACACCCCUGAUAUAUAAGGAAAAGAGGUCUUUGAAGAUGUGUGUUACGAAUCUCAGCUUGGAGAAAUGAGCCUGGUUUACCCAGAUGGACCCUAAAUCCAACAAGUAUCCUAAUGGAGGAGAGGCCGCUGGAUAUUUGAUAGAUGCCGAAGAGAACGCCAUGAAACCACUGUUGAGGACUUCGGAGUGAAGGGGCCAGCGGGAAAUGGCUCCUCCAGAAGCCCGACGCAGCAAGAAUUGUCUUCUGGGAUAUCCACAGGGUACACAGCCCGGCGGAUACCUUGCUGUCCGUGAACUGUUCUCGGACGCCUUACCUGCCGAACUGUGAGCGAAUAAAUUUCUAGGGGGACUGUGAACCAUGGACGGUUUUGCUGAGGGAGACCUCUCUGUGGUGGAUUAUGCCUUGUUAGACGAUUGCCCUGAUGAGGAAGAGGGUGCCUUUGCGCCUGAACUUAUGACGGCAAAUUAUGUUCGGGUGACUCAGCUUUACUGUGAUGGAGUGGGUUCACAGUAUAAAGAUUAUGCCCAAACGGAGAGAAAUUUAGAAUUUGACAUCUGCAGCAUAUGGUGUAGUAAACCAGUUUCUGACCUGCACGAUUACUGUGAUGCCAUUAAAAUAUAUAUCUUCUGGCCACUUCUUUUUAAACAUCAGCACACUUCUGUGAUAUCACGAUUGCAUCCCUGUGUGGAGCCCAGCAGUUCUCGCGCUUCUGAGAUAAGUUUGAGGAAAUUACAAUGUCUUGAGUUGAUGGAAGAUAUUGUGGAUUUGGCAAAGAAAGUUUCGAAUGAUUCAUUCCUUAUUGAAGGCUUAUUGAAAAUUGGUUAUAAAAUAGAAAAUAAAAUGUUGGCAAUGGAAGAAGCUUUAAACUGGAUAAAAUACACAGGCGAUGUAACAAUUCUGUCUAAAUUAGGAUCAAUUGACACUAGUUGGCCUUUAUUAAGAAUUUUCUUUACUGAAUACAAGUAUCAUAUAACUAAAGUUGUAACGGAAAACUGCAAUUUACUUGAAGAAUUUAAAACUCAAAAUUGUGCUCACUGUAUAGAGCAAGGAGAACUCAUGAAAAUAAAAGGAAAUGAAGAAUUUUUCAAUGAAAGAUUCGAUAUAGCUAUUAUCUAUUACACCAGAGCCCUCGAAUAUAGACCUGACAACCACUUUCUUUAUGGUAACCGAGCUCUUUGUUUUCUUCGUACCGGACAGUUAAGAAAUGCACUUGGUGAUGGAAAGAGAGCCACUAUUCUGAAGUGCUCCUGGCCAAAGGGUCAUUAUCGUUAUUGUACUGCUCUUUCUCUGCUGGGAGAAUAUGAAUGGGCCCUGCAAGCAAACAUAAAAGCUCAAAAACUCUGUAAAAAUGACCCUGAGGGAAUCAAGGAUCUAAUUCAACAGCAUGUACAGUUACAAAAACAAAUAGAAGAUCUGCAAGGUCGAACACCAAAUAAGAAUCCAAUUAAAGCUUUUUAUGAAAGCAGGGCCCAUAUACCUAGGAAUUUACCAGCACCUGCUUUUAGUACAUCACUGAGCUUCGUGGAGAAGGGACGAGAGUUCCGGAAAGCUAACCAGGAAAUGGCGUACGGUGGUAGUGAGAACAUGAAGGAAAUAGAUGAGGCUUUGAGAUCAGAUGACUGUGACUGCCAGAUUGAAUUUAUACAAUCACCAAGAUCACCAAGUCAUCCUCCAAGACAUAGAGGAAGACAUAAAUCCCGAAACAAUGAAUCGGAGAAAGUCAACUCUAGUUCAGAGAUGGGUUUGCCAGUAGAUUGGAGAAAGCUCUUGGAGAGAGAGUUUUCUAAAUCUUCCAGAGCUGCUCAGCAGGACUUUGCUAAUAUUAUGAAAAUGCUGAGAAGCUUAAUCCAAGAUGGUUACACUGCCUUGUUGGACCAGCGCUGUCGCAGUGCUGCUCAGUCCUUCUCAGAAUUGCUAAAUGGCUUAGAUCCCCAAAAGAUAAAGCAAUUGAACCUGGCUAUGAUUAACUAUGUAUUAGUAGUCUAUGGACUUGCUAUGUCUCUGCUUGGAAUAGGACGACCUGAGGAAUUAUCUGAAGCUGAAAACCAGUUUAAGAGGAUUCUUGAAUUCUAUCCCAAUGAGGGACUUGAUUCCUUGGCCUACUGCGGAAUUGGAAAAGUAUAUUUGAAGAAAAACAGAUUUCAGGAAGCUCUCACUCACUUCGAGCAAGCAAAAUCCUUGAUUUAUCGUCUCCCUGGAGUGUUAACUUGGCCCACAAGUAAUGUGAUUAUUGAAGAGUCUCAGCCAGAGAAAAUAAGGAUGAUUUUGGAGAAGUUUGUUGAGGAAUGCAGAUUCCCUCCAGUGCCAGAUGCUAUUUGUUCCUACCAGAAGUGCCUUGGACUUUCCAAAAUCCAAAUAUAUGUCACCGACCCAGACUUUAAGGGUUUUAUACGAAUCAGCUGUUGCCAAUACUGUAAAAUCGAAUUUCAUAUGAACUGCUGGAAGAAGUUAAAAGCAACAACCUUUAAUGAUAAAAUUGACAAGGAUUUCCUGCAAGGAGUUUGUCUUACCCCUGACUGUGAAGGUAUCAUUUCUAAGAUUAUCAUCUUUAGCCGCGGUGGUCAUGUUAAAUGUGAAUUUGAACACAAGGUCAUUAAAGAAAAGGUUCCUCCAAGACCUAUUCUGAAACAGAAAUGUUCUAGCCUAGAGAAGCUAAAACUGAAAGAAGACAAAAAAAUGAAGAGAAAGAUCCAAAAACAAGAAGCAAAAAAAUUAGCACAAGAAAAAAGGGAAGAGGACUUAAGAGAAAGUAAUCCCCCAAAAAAUGAACAGCAGAAAGAAACAGUAAAGAAUGCUCAGAGUUGCCCGUUCCUUGAUGACAGAAUUCUGCAGUGCAUAAAGCAGUAUUCCGACAAAAUUAAAUCUGGUGUACUGGACACUUCCAAGCUUCUGAAAGAAUUGAUUUCUUGGAAGGUUUUGACCACAGAAGACUACGCAAUGCUUUUCUCUAACAAAAAUUUUCUCACUGAAGCAGUAGACUAUGUCAUUGGUUACUUGGUUCAAGAAAGUAACAGAGUGAAAACAAGAAUAUUUCUGCAUGUUUUGUGUGAGCUUCAAGAAGUGGAGCCCAAAGUAGCCAGCUGGCUCCAGAAACUUAACAGCUUUGGCUUGGACGCCACAGGAACUUUUUUUGCUCGAUACGGAUCAUUUCUUAAGGACCUUGACUUUACCAUCAUGACUUUCCUCUGGAAUGAGAAGUACGGUAAUAAACUGGACUCCAUAGAAGGAAAGCCACUCGAGUAUUUCUGUGAGCCCACGUCACUGAAGGAAGCGCGCUGCUUGAUAUGGCUGCUGGAAGAUCACAGAGAGAAGUUCCCGGCCCUGCACAGCGCUCUGGACGAGUUCUUUGAUAUCAUGGAUAGCCGCUGUACUGUAUUAAGGAAACAAGACAAUGAAGUGCCGAUGAUUUCUACCAAGGCGAAGAACAAAGGCAAGAAAAAGAGGCAAAAAGAUACAAAGCUGAUGUUAAUUGGGUCCGUAACAACUUCACUAACACCAAGUAAUGAGACUUCUACUUCAAGUCAAGACUCUAACAGACGCAAUGGAGACCCCACUGGCCCGUUUGCAGUGCCGGAACACCUUCGGCAGGAAAUAGAAGAAUUCGAAGCUCUCUACGAGCAGCAGCAGCAGUCUAAAGAGUACGUUGCUUGCAGUAAGAAGCUAUGGGCUGCUAGCCCAAAACACAAAAGUGCUGCUCUGUAUGAUCAUUUCUCUCAGUAUGUGGAGGAACAAGGUCCCGUGGACAUGGGUAACAGAAUAUUCACUGAAGAAUAUGAAUUUUUCCCAGAAGAAACCCGAAAGAUAGUAGAACAAGCUGGAGGCUUAAAGUCUUUUCUCCUAGGAUGUCCACGUUUUGUUGUGAUUGACAACUGUAUUGCACUGAGGAAGGUUACGUUACGGCUCAAGAAAAGAAGAAAGAAGAGAAACAUGAAAGCAAAAGCAGAAGAAAUUUCAAAAAUGGAGGAGUAUUUGCGAACUAAGCUGUCGCCAUCGCCGAGUCCAGCUGCUGGAGCAUCUCCGCCAGACGGACAGCCCGCCCCAGCAUCUGAUGUGGCUUCGGCACCAGCUGCCGAGGAAGCAGAGCCCAAACCCGUGCCUGCUGACCCUCCCAGUCCUCUCUGUGAAGACACGAAGCUCACGUCUAGGCCUGAGAGCUCUUCCAGGCCAGUUUCUGAAAACGAGAAGCCUGAAGGGGUCUCUUGUGAUUCUCUCAAACCACUGUCUAAGGCAGUGACACCAGCUUAUUGGGCUCAGUCUCAUGUCGUCACGACAUUCUGUACCUACCUCCCUUUCCAGGGAUUUGGUGUCAGCCAGACUCCACCCGCGUACAUGAACGUGCUGCCAGGCUUGCCCCGGUACACCAGCAUCUACACGCCAUUGGCCGGCAUCUCCUCAGAAUACCAGCGGCAGAGGGCAAUCGUCCCCCUGGUACCAUCUCUUCUAGCCAAUGACAGGGCCAAGAAAAAUGGUCUUUCGUAUUUUAGGGAUCCCAAUUUGAAUUCUGAGAAGGCUGCUGGUAAACCUGUUGCCUCCGAAACACAGAUCUCCAAGGACUCUGUGGUAGUGUCUGGAAAGUCACAGUGGAACCCAAGUGAGUCUCACGGAAGCAAGGGGCACUUGGGAAACUCUGACGGCAAAUGCGGAAUCCAUGCAGAAAGCAUUCCACGUACACAGGAGGUUGCUAUACAGGUGUCUGGGACUGAGAAGUCACACCAAGCAGCGAAUACUGAGGCGUAUGGUCCUUUUGAGGUGCAGCAGGGGGACAUUUCACAGAUGGAGAAGGAGUACUGUGUCUUACUAGAACAGUUUAAGGAAGCGUGUAAAAAUUACCAGCAGAUAAAACGCAAGAGCUUAGAAGAGACCAGGGACCUGGAAGAAAAGCUGAAAAGGAACCUGGAAGAAAACAAGAUAUCAGAGACAGAAUUAGAUUGGUUCAUCCAAGAUUUGGAAAGAGAAUUUAACAAAUGGGAACAAGAGAAAAAAGAAAUCCAAGACAGACUAAAAGCAAUGAAGAAGAAAGUUAAAAAGGUUUUGAAUGCCAAUGAAAUGUCUACCCAGAGAAACAAUGGAAUGGAUAAGGAACAUGAGUUACAUCUGGAUCAGUCCUUUGAAAACAGUUACACCUUUACAAGUGAGAGAAGGAAAAUAGAAGACGGUAUCAGGAAAGGGAGAGAAUAUUACGAAGAGAGUCACCAAAGGGCUCUGAUUGCAGAGGUAUCUGUGCUUGAGAACUGGAAGGAGGGGGAAAUAUAUAAGCUACAGACCAUGGCAUCCAAAGCCGAAGCCUACCUGAGGCACCUCAUGAACAGUGGUUCUGCAGCAUAUCUCCACAAGGAAUCUGAUGUACAUUCAUGGGAAUCAUUUAUUUGUAAUGUUGCAAAAGAAAUUACGAAAGCAGAGUCUCAGUUUGAAGACCAAAUUAGGGCAAUUAAAAAUGGAUCUCGGCUCCGGGAACUUCCUCAAGUGCGGGUUUCUGAGCUUUCGUUUCCUGCCUGUAAAGUAGUCCGUCCUGAGUUAGCCCCUGAGCGUCCAGGUCCUGAGAGUCAGGCGCCUGUGACUUCUGCAAGCAGCAAGACCGGGGCGGUUGGCAAGGGUGAUUGCUCAGCAGACGCCCCGGCUGCACCAGCACCGUCCAGCCAGCCAGAAGUGGCUCCACUGCCAGAGCCCCAGACAGCCGGCCAGGCUGCUCCGCCAGCUCCGAGCCCCAAAGCGGGUGAUGGACAGCCUGUUCCACCGCAGCUCACUCCCCGUUCCCGCCAGUCUCCAAAGAGGCUGCUUGACAGUAUCCAGGAGAACCUGUCGGCGGCAUUCCCGCAAUACACCAGGGCGGAGCUUGCCGGUUUUGUUAAAAAAGUUCGAAGCAAGAGCAAGAAUUCGCUUGCAGGGCUGACUAUUGCUGAAAUUGUCCAGAGAGCUACAGAGUACAUUCUGGAUGAAGAGAAAGAGAAAAAGCCAAACCCAGGAAAGGACAAAGGGACACCCAGCGCCAGCCCUGCUGCUUCUGUGAGCACCUCCUCUGGGAGUCCACCCCUAGUGACCACCAAGGCACGGAAGACACCAGAUGUCCGUGCACCAGGCACAAGCGCGUGUGAAAUAUGCCACAAAGUGUUCAAAUCCAAAAAUACGUGUGCGCUGAAAUGUGGGCACAAGUUUCACAAAGGAUGCAUUAAGCAGUGGCUUAAAGGGCACAGCACCUGCCCCGUCUGCCGUGACAGUGCCCUCUCGUCGGGAGAACAGUGAGCACCCGGAGCCUCCUCUGCCUGGGUCAUCACCCUCAGCGCCGCGUCACCCGCCUGUGCACAGAACUGAGACGUUGCCAGCGUCCUCUAGUGUGACAGCAGACAUCGUAAGACUCUGGCAUCGUGUGUCACAGGCACAAACGGAAACCUCCGUGUGUUGCUGUUGAGUCAUUUCCCCUCUGAGUAAACGCUUCGUGAUAGCCGCAUCGUGGCGUAUACAGCGUGUGUCACCGCAUCCCUCCUGCAGAGGCUCCCGGACGUGGGUGGCUUCUUUCGGGAAGUACUGUCAGUGCCUCAGAACUGUCCUUGAGCCGGAAGAGCUCCUAACCUCGCUAAGUGCCCCUGCUUCCCUUUUUGUGUUUGAAAAGUCUUUUGUAUUACUGGCCUUUAAAUUAUUUUACGUGAUUCAGUAUUCCUGAAAACAUGCCUAUACUUUCCCUCAGAGAUUCUGCAUUUUAAAAAUGGACUUCAAAGUUUAAUAAUGUGUGGUUAAUGUUAAAAUAUUAGCUGGUGUAGACCAAACGAUUUGAUCUCUGUGAAAUUCCACCUGCUUUUUGUUGUUUCAUCAUUUUAUUUCCCCUUUAGAUUUUUAAAGCCUUCAUUUUUCAUCAGAGACGUAGUUUGACUUGAAAGUCACUUAGAGAACACAUUCUUAGUACAGUUUGCCUAGACUUUCUAACUGCAAACUCCAGGCUGUGUACUCAUCCUCCAUCCCACUUGGGGUUCGCUCUGAGGAUGCCCCGCCCUUCUUGGGGCAGUGUCUGGCCUCUGUGAUCCACGCGGUGCUGGGCACACGUGGGUGUCGUGUUGAGCCGGUCACUCCAUUUCCUUCCUAAUCUCACCACCAGCUGUGAAACUUGUGCGAGCGGCAGCCCCGCGGCGCCCGUUCGUCAUCGUGUUGAGCUCCGUGCGAUGUAAAUGCAUGCCGUCUCGUCUGUGGCUUUAGAAGCUGCCUAAAAAUGUGGUAUCUUUUAGUGGCCUGAAGACAAUGCUAAAUACAGAAACACAUUCCAUGUCUCUGAAGCAGGAAGGAUCACAAGAUGCUGUUCGCUGUGUUGUGUCCCUUCGGCCACUCAGCGUCCUGUGUGUGAGGAGUCGGUCACCUUCCUCUGCCUGUGUCCCCGUGAGCUGUGACCUCUUUGUGACUUGACCGUAGAAACUCCCUGUUCCCAGACACUCCCCACAGUGGCCCCGAAAGCCUCGUCUGCGUGUGCGUAGCAGUCGGGCACCGUGUGUUCCUGUCCAUCAGGGCCAGUUUGUGGCAGCAAGUGCGGCGUGCUCUGUGCUUACCCGCCAGCCGUGUGACCCCGCCUUACUCUCAAUAAAGAGCACCCAAAAGACCA